CUUUAAAUCAGCCCGCUGUAAAGUGUGAGGUGGAUGUAUCAGAUGUUGUGUGUACAUAUACUGCUGGACUCAACCAGGACUAUAUUAGAGGGAAUGGAGCAAGAAAGUAGUCACGCGGAUUAUGUGCGACUUUUUAAAUGGCAUUUGCCAAAAUUAUUGUGCCAAUGCUAAGUGGCAUUGGGGCUCUCUGCGGACUGUGGACCAUUUCAGAGUAUUUCAGUGGUUGUGUUGACGUCGCAGUGCGUGUUUGUGUCCUGGCCGUGGAACAUAUGAUCGGGACAGGACUGGACUGGCUGGCCUGUCUGCAGUGUGGAUCGAGGGACAAUGGAGUGAGGGUGCUCACAAGCCUUUGUCUCCUGGAAACCUGUUCCCUGCCCCUGGAAUCGGGUCACCCCUGGACUUUGCCAAAUUUGUGGCAUAAGGGUUUUUUGUGUCGCGGGCAUGUGUCCACGAAUGAUCAAACCGUUUCAAGUUGCGAGAGUUAGCGGAGAUUCGCUCUCUACUGUGCCAGGAUCCCCCGAGUUGUGCCCGUCUCCCUCUGUGUUUUUCCACGUCUUUUUGGAUACUUCCCAGAACGUCUGGGUCGCUAUGCAACCAUGCACUCCAUGAUGGAGGGGGAAGGCGGCUCCGAGCCGCAAGAUGUUUUCGUUGAGCUGGGCACACUAAUUGUAGAAGGACGGGUCCCAGGCGGCGGAAAUGCUCGUGGAUACUCUGAAGGCCCUCAUUGUUCUGUGAACGGCCUUGGCAAUGGAACUUCGCGUCACUCCUGCAAUCCUCAACAGAACUUAUUGUGCAAACGAGCUGAUAGCUUCAAAAAGCAUAUGCAGUUUAUGUUUCAAAACAAUUUUCCAAUGUGUAUUGAGGUGCUUCUCUGCCCUGACUGUCCUUGUGGAGCUCUGAAGGCUCAGUCAACAGAUGUGAGCAAUGUGCCAUGUGCCUCUGAUCUCUUGCUUGAACAAUGGACCAUUACAUUCAAUAACAGAAGUGACUGUUUCAGAACUUCAGACCCAGCGCCCAUGCUUGCCAGAGGACUAGUACAAGCUGUGAGAUCCCAACUUCAUUUCUCUCAACUGUCAGCUUGGUGGAGCAGCAGUAAAGGGAGCCGUCCAAGCAACAUCAGCUAUCGUAUAACUGUGCCGGGACAAGUAUUUGCCAGCCAAUUCUCAAGACCACCAAGUGAACACACUUUCCCUUUGGCUUCGGUUGGAAAGAAUGGUUCAAUCAAGGUGUGUGCUCGAUCUCUGCCGCGAAUGGAAUUGGUUCCGAUUAUUCACUGCCCAGUUCACAGCACAUGCUUGACACCAUCCCUUGAGGUGGGAGAGAAGCCUUGCUUGUCAAAACCUUGCCUACCUGUGUCAGAAACUGCCUGUGGCUCUGUUGUCAAUAUGGUUGGAGGAGGUGGUGGUGCAGGGGAAGGAACGGAUGCCAAUCUACCCCUUGGAGAGAGUCGUCUAGAUCCACCUCAGAGGCUUCGUAGUCCUCCAAGGGCUUCAGAAGCUCCUGAUUCCAUUCUUUAUCGAUGCUUUCCACCUGAAGUUGUUGGAGCUAGAUGGCAGGCUGAUACUCCUUCUGAUGGGGAGACACCUUUGGGUAUGCUUAAUCGGCUGUGGAAAAGAGAUAACAGUCCAUGUCUGAGCUCAAACUUGUGCCCUCGUGCUGCAGCAUCAAGAAGUAGGAGGCAAACUACAGAGCAAGGACAAGAGAAGCAUUGUCGACCUUCAGGUCUUCUUGAUGAUCGGAUGCUGAUGGAGUGCAACAUGCCUGGAAAGCACCACUGCAGUUGUGAGGUUGAGGAAGAGAUUGAAGAGGUUAAAUCACCAGUCCAGGUUCGGCAGAGACGCCGCAGCCAAGUAUCGAUGCCAACUUCUUCCCCGGAUUCUUUGCAUUUAAGCUGCAAUACAAAUGAUGGAGUUGCUAAUGAAUCAACCAAGAGGUCAUCUGGUCUGGCAGUGAUGGCUGAUGAAUAUCUGUACACUAGUGUUGGUUUGACUGGCAAUGGAAGUAAUACAGGUAGUUUAAAAAGGAGGCGGCCUGUUAUGGAUACUGCUGAGGCAUCAUGUUCUUCACUUCAAGUGAAAACAUGGAUGGAUGCUGAAAGCAGUUAUGAAGUGGCCGAAGCAAACUAUUUUAAUGGGACAAACUGUAAUCCAAGUGGAAUCCCUGCUAGUUCAACUGGUGGUUCUGCUGCAUUUAAUGUCAGUCCAUCAAAGGGUGCCACAGCUCCUGUACAAUCACUUCUGAGCCAGCAAGAACUUAAGAACGUUCUUACAGUUCUUCGGGACAGGAGCAAAGCAAAUGCCCGCCCCAACCUAUUUUCUCUCUCUCCCGUAGAGUCUUCUCACAAGUUGAAAGAAAUGGGUGAAUGCAAUAGCAUGAGUGAUGCAAGUUGUCAAUUGUUCCGGGCAAGUUUGCCUUCUGACAAUGAUAAAAAGUCACAUAAGACUGAUUCUCUCCUGGAUGUAGCCUUGCAUUCAGUUGGGAGUGUUUGUCAAUGCAAUACUGUCUGUCAAACUCCCUGCAAUAGUUGUGGGAAAGAGAUUGUUGAGGUGAAGAAUAUAACUUGUUGUGGGAAGGGGGAGACCCAUUGUGAUAAAAAUUGGAGUGAUUUGAGAAGUCUCAGCACUGCAAAAGCAAGUGUAAUAAGUGAAGGUCAAUCAUGUUUUGGUACUAACAGUUGCAAGCCAAGUAAUGAUCUCAGUGAAGACCACAAUAACCAAGUAAUCUGUGAUAAAUAUACCUCCCUUCUUAAUUGUGAUAAUGGGGAUAGUUGCCUAUGUCUUUCAUGUGUGUCCAAGACACAAGCACGCCAAACCAAAGAAGAAAACACAAACCAUUCUCAAAAUUCAGCCUCAGAAAUUUCUGGUGUAUCCAUCUUUUCUCAACCUGCUUAUAGUGACUUGAAACAAGAGGAGACAAGUCCUCAUCAUCUUGUCAAAAGUGUGGCUCAUGAUAUGCAGAAAGAUUUUCUCAAUAGUCGACAAGAUGUGCCAUCGGCGUCGGAGAGGGCACGUUUUCGCAGGUCUUUUGAUUCUGCUGCAUCCAUGGUGUUCCAUACUAGGACUGGGUUACCUUUAACAUCAAGUCCGGCCCCAGUCCGCCGUGGAACAACACGAUUUGACUAUGAUAGCUCUCUAAUCUCUGUAUCAGCAAUUAGAUGUGCACUGUUUGAUACCCCUACUAUCACUACUCAAAUGGAGGAUUCUUUAAGUUUAAGUAGUGAUGAUACAGAAAGUGAGAGUGGAGCUCGUUCACCAUGCUCGCCUGAUGCUGGAAUAACCUUUCCUACUUUAGGCCCUUGCCAUGCUCUCUCACCUUGUUUUUCUUUACUUGGGAGCUUUGAGGAAUCUGUUCUCAACGGUCGACUCGAGCCAGUGAGCACUGUUCAAGGAUUCACAGCUGAGAUUGGUGCCAGUGGAUCUUUCUGUCCUCGUCAUAUGAAACUUCCAGUGACUGUUUUCUUCUACACAUUGGGUGACUAUGACAAAGUCUCUACCCCAUACUUGGGACAUAUAAAUCUGGGUAAAAAAGGAUACAAUGUUCCACGAUCUGGAACAAUCCAAGUUACCUUGUUCAAUCCGAUGGGGACAGUUAUCAAGAUGUUUGUUGUAAUGUAUGACUUGACCGACAUGCCUUCGAAUUCUCACACAUUUUUACGCCAACGCACUCUUUACAUGCCAACUGGAACUGAAGUGUCAGAUGACUUCCCAGAGAGUGACCUGACACAAAAAUGGCUGCGUUACCUCAUACACUUGAGGUUUUCAAGCUCCAAGUCAGGCCGCAUUUACCUACACACAGAUGUGAGAAUGAUAAUUUUCCGCAAGUCUGACAUGGACACUGCAACUGUGCACAACAACAAUAAUGUAGACUCUGGCUUUGAGCUGCGAUCCUACACCAAUGGACCAGUAAAUCCCAAAUUUUCACCCCGCUAAUAAUAGCUGUGAUAUCAGCUCAGUUUCAAGUUUAAUGCAAUUGUAUCAAUUGCUGCUUUUUCAAAAAUGUUAAUAUUUGUGGUGCUGAUCACAUAUUAGUUCAACUUGUAAAACUAAUUCAUACCCUGAGAAUUAUUAUUUUUACCAGUGUGUGGCGUAUUGUAGGAAUCGGGAUUGCUUCAAAGCAUCAGGGUAGCAGGAUGAUAAUAUACAUAGAUGUAUCUGUGAUUUGUUCUGUGUAAGUGCAUACCAUAAGCACUUACACAGUUAGAAUUUUCUUUUACCAAGCUUCUGUGCCACAAAUACGUUAGAUUAUUUGAAUUUUUAAUCGCCCUUCAAGGUUUUCUGUUUUGAUUUAUCAUACCAUAGAUCAUUCUUUCAAGUAGGGCAAACAUACAGUAAUAUUUCUUAAAUGUAUCCAAUAUCUUAUCUGAGUAUCAACUGUUCCUUUUAAAAUUUUACUAUUUCUGGUUAAAGUACUUUUUUUUCAGUGAAGGUCUGCAACAUUUUAUUUACUCCAAACUUCAGUUACUUUGUACAGAUAAACAGAAGCCUUAGUUUCGAUUGUUCUAAAUGUAAUGUGCACAAAAUAUUGUGAAUUGUCUAUUACCUUACUGGCAAUCAUGUGUAAUAAGUCAUUUCAAGGAAGCUUGUGCCAUUGUGAUAAUAAAUUUAUGGCAUUGCUUCAGUAGAGUUUAUAAGUUCCUGUAAAUUUAAUUUUGGGUAUAUGCAGUUACUCAACAUCACCAAUAAAAUCAAGUCUAUUUUAAGAGGAAAUCAUAAUUAUUUUUCAAAAUAUAUUUUCUAUAGAUGUUCAAAAAUAUUUAUGGGAUAGCACAUAGUUUUAUUUGAUUCGGUCUUAAACAUUGAUUAUGCAAGAAGUGAGCUUUUCUUUGCAUUUUAAACGGUCAAAAAAGUUGAAAUCUGGCUAUUUUUAUUUUUCUAGUAUGAAUUGCUUGGUGUAACCAUGCUUGUACUAUUGCCAUUAGCCUGAACCAUUGCUUAAUUUUCCUUUAAGAAUUCUUAUGAAUGUAUGAUGCUGGUCUGGAAAUUAAUCCACCCUGCAUUCCAUUGUAUAGAUCCACUGUGCUGAAAUUGGUGUAUAGAAGUGUCUGUAGAUUGUUUACCAAGCCAUGUAACUUUUUCUUCAUUCUUCCCCAUAGUGAUCUUGUAAAAGUGUUAAUACUGUAUUUUAUUUAUGUUCAUGAUUUGAACAUAUUUCUGUGUACAGUUUCAAUAGGUUCCUUUCAGUAGUGCUCAAUGUUGGGACAGUUUUGCAUUUCUCUGAGCUCAAAAGUGUUAAGUUUUAUUGUCAGCAAAUAUUUUACGCACCCUUUUCUUGUCUUCUGGUCAUUCACAUCUUUAAAUUUCAUGUUCACAUGAGCUUGACAAUUAUCUACUGUAUUUGUUUAUUUUGGUUCUAAAGUGAGUAUUGAAGCAGUGUUCUUCAGAGAAGCUCUCUAUUUUUUCAAUUGUGAAAUGCUGUCUUCAAUCAAAUCUACUGCAUUGUGUAGAUUUAUAAAUAGGAUUAUGUAAAUGCUAUCAUAGUUCAUGUUUCUCAAAUCUCACUAAAUUGUAGCUCUUUAAAUUCCUUUGUAUGGAAUUUUAAAACUUGAUUAUUUCUGUUACCUCAUUUCUUUAGUUUACUUUACUGUGAGAUUUUUCUCAAAGUUCACCAUUGUGAUGUAUAUACUUUAAGUUUCAUCAAUUUUUUCUCUUAAUUGAAAUCAAAGCUUAUGCAGUGUAUCAAAUUAACAAAGGCUAUAUAAUUACACAAAGUCCAUAAAAUAUAACUAUAUAUAUCAAAUAUAUAUCUACUUGAAAUUCUUCUAUCUUGUUUUCCUUUUUUAGAAUCUAUAAAUGUAAAUGUUAUUUAUUAUAGUUUACUGUAUGCCUUGCAGAUGCAAACCGGCUCGGUAAAACGCAAUCGAAUAAAGUAUACAUACGACAGUA